CCACCACCGCUGCUACCAAACCAAGCGCAAUGCCCACGUCCGUGACAUUGCCGCUGCCCGCCGUUGGGGCUGUCGCCGCGUCGCCGGUCACCACCGCGGCGGGGGCAGCGACGCCCCUCAGGUGUCGUCCUCUCCGCCUCUUCGCGACUCCGGCCGCCACCGCCUCUUCUUCGCCCUCUACCUCCGCCUCCGCCGUCUCCAGCGCGCUGCCGUCAGCGAGGCGAAUCCGCAAGCACCUGGCGGGCAGAGACGGCGCCCCGUCGAAGCCCACCAAGCCCCGCGUGUUCUUCCUCGACGUCAACCCGCUCUGCUUCCGCGGAUCUCAGCGCAGCCUCAACGCCUUCGCGCGCUGGCUCGCGCUCUUCUUCGCGCACGUCAGCCUCCGCGACCCCGUCGUCGCCGUUCUGGACGGAGAGGGAGGGAACGAGUACAGGAGGCGGCUGCUGCCGUCGUACAAGGCCCACAGGGCUCGCGGUGCCGGCACCGGCGCUGACUCGCGCGUUGUCGACGUUCUCCGCGAAUGCAAUGUUCCGGUUGUAAGAGUCGAUGGAUAUGAGGCUGAUGAUGUGGUUGCUACCUUGACAGAACAGGUUUUACAGAAAGGUUAUAGAGUUGUGAUUGCCUCACCAGAUAAAGACUUCAAGCAGCUGAUAUCUGACGAUGUUCAGUUAGUUAUGCCCAUUCCUGAGAUUGGCCGAUGGUCUUUCUAUACAUUAAGGCAUUAUGUCGCUCAAUACAAGUGUGAUCCAACUGCAGAUUUAAGCCUUAGGUGCUUCAUGGGUGAUGAAGCAGAUGGUGUUCCAGGAAUCCAGCAUUUGGUUCCAGGAUUUGGUAGAAAGACCGCAGUGAAACUGCUGCAGAAACAUGGUUCAUUAGAAAACUUGCUAAAGACAGCUGCAGUUAGAACUGUUGCCAAGGAUUAUGCCCAGGAUGCUCUCACUAAGCAUGCAGAUUAUUUGCGGAAAAACUACGAAGUUCUUAGCCUGAAGAGGGAUGUAAAUGUUCAGCUUGAUGACAGUUGGUUAUCCGCGAGGAACACAUGCAAUGACACCAGUGUUCUAUCUGACUUCAUCCUUAAAUUUAGCAACGAAGUCAGAAGCUAAAUAGCCGGUGAUAAUUGAAUAUUUUCACCAGCUGGGUUUCUUCCUCACAAACCACAUGGUUUGUCAAGAAAAGAGGAUGCACAAAUGUUUGAGUCUUGCGGAAAAUUUGUAUACUAUACCCUUGCUCCAAAGUAGUAGUCAUCACACGUUCUCGCUUCUAGUAAGUGGGAAAUGUGGUAGUCUACCCAGGUUCAAGCUGUGUGCAACCUUGAGGUUUGGAAGGCCUGCCUUCGUGGUACUCGAUGUCCGAGACAAGCUUAAAGAAUACCGAAUUAUCGAGGAAUAAGCUGUAAUGGUAGUACUACUGUGCUGUAAGAUCCAUCAAGUACCUUGCCAGGAGAUUCCAGAUCUAGUGUACUUUCUGCUGGUAGCUGCUCCUUGAUGUAUGUCAUCAGGUGCUAGCAGUUUGCCCCAAGUUUCUACUAAUGUAGUAACGAAUACUAUUAAUCUCAAGCUUCCAACUGUCAUCCUCGGCAUCCAAAGUUACUGUACCAUGAGAAGUCAUGAUCCUUGUUGGUUUGGUUUAUUAU